GAGGAGGGAGGCGGGGACCUGGCUGGACGCGGGGCCGGGAUGGCGGGGCGGCGGGCCGGGGCGCUGCUGGCCCUGCGCGCACUGCUGGCCGCCGCGCACCCGCAGUGCCUGGACUUCAGGCCGCCCUUCCGGCCGCCGGGCCCGCUGCGCCUCUGCGAGCAGUACUCGGCCUUCGGCUGCUGCGCGCCCGAGCAGGACGCGGCGCUGGCCCGGCGCUUCGGGGCCCUGGCGGCCCGCGUGGACGCCGCGCUGUGGGCCGCGUGCGCCGGCUACGCGCUGGACCUGCUGUGCCAGGAGUGCUCGCCCUAUGCCGCCCACCUCUACGACGCCGAGGACCCGGCCACGCCCCUGCGCACGCUGCCUGGCCUGUGCCAGGACUACUGCCUGGACCUGUGGCGCUCGUGCCGCGGCCUCCUCCGCCACCUGUCGGCCGACCCGGAGCUCCGGGCGCUGGAAGGCGACCGCACCAAGCUCUGCCGCUACCUGGCCCUGGACGACAAGGACUACUGCUUCCCGAGCCUGCUGGUCAACCCCCGGCUCAACACCAACCUGGGCCGCGUGGUGGCCGACGCGCGCGGCUGCCUGCAGCUGUGCCUGGAGGAGGUGGCGCACGGGCUGCGCAACCCGGUGGCCAUGGUGCACGCGAACGACGGCACGCACCGCUUCUUUGUGGCCGAGCAGCUGGGGCUGGUGUGGGUCUACCUGGCCGACCGCGCACGCCUCGAGCGGCCCUUCCUGAACAUCAGCCGCGCCGUGCUGACCUCGCCCUGGGAGGGCGACGAGCGCGGCUUCCUGGGCCUGGCCUUCCACCCGCGCUUCCGCCGCGCGCGCACGCUCUACGUCUACUACUCCGUGGGAACGCGCUCCCGCGAGUGGAUCCGCAUCAGCGAGUUCCGGGUCUCCGAGGACGACGAGAACAGUGUGGACCACAGCUCCGAGAGGAUAAUCUUGGAGAUCGAAGAGCCAGCCUCCAACCACAAUGGAGGCCAGCUGCUCUUCGGGGAUGAUGGAUUCCUCUACAUCUUCACUGGGGAUGGUGGCAUGGCCGGAGACCCCUUCGGAAAGUUCGGAAAUGCUCAGAACAAGUCGGCGCUGCUGGGCAAGGUGCUGCGCAUCGACGUGGAGCGUCCCGCGCACGGGCCGCCCUACCGCGUGCCGCCCGACAACCCGUUCGUGGGCGACGCCGCCGCGCGCCCGGAGGUCUGGGCGCUGGGCGUGCGCAACAUGUGGCGCUGCUCCUUCGACCGCGGCGACCCCUCCACCGGCGCGGGCCGCGGCCGCCUCUUCUGCGGCGACGUGGGCCAGAACAGGUUCGAGGAGGUGGACCUGGUGCAGCGCGGCCGGAACUACGGCUGGCGCGCGCGCGAGGGCUUCGAGUGCUACGACCGCAAGCUGUGCGCCAACGCGUCCCUCGAUGAUGUGUUACCCAUUUUCGCUUACCCGCACAAGCUGGGCAAGUCGGUCACAGGGGGCUAUGUGUACCGGGGCUGCGAGAACCCCAACCUGAACGGCCUCUACAUUUUCGGGGACUUCAUGAGUGGGCGUCUCAUGUCCCUCCGCGAGGACCUGGGGACCGGCCAGUGGCGGUACAGUGAGGUCUGCAUGGGCCGCGGGCGCACCUGCGCCUUCCCGGGUCUCAUCAACAACUACUACCCACACAUCAUCUCCUUCUCGGAGGACGAGGCCGGGGAGCUGUACUUCAUGUCCACUGGCAUGCCAAGUGCCACCGCAGCCCAUGGUGUCGUCUACAAGGUGAUCGACCCAUCCCGACGUGCACCCCCUGGCAAGUGUCAGGUCCACCCUGCGCCUGUGAAAGUAAGAAGCCGACUCAUCCCCUUCGUGCCAAAAGAGAAGUUCAUCUGGACCCCGGAGAGCACCCCGCGCCCCAAGCCGCGCAAGCCCACUAAGGCGCCUCGCCGCAGCCGCCCCACGGCCCCUGCACCUGUGCCCACCCCGCGGCCAACCUGGCGGCCGACCCGGCCCAACUUGAGGCCCACCCGGCGGCCAGGAGGCCGGAAGGGCAGCGGGCGUCGGCGCGGACGGCUGAGCACGGCGGGCCCGGUGCCCUCGGACGGCGCCGUGCGCCUGGUGCGGCCCGUCGGGCUGAGCCCUGGCCGCGGCCGCGUAGAGGUGUUCGCAGGCGGGCGCUGGGGCACCGUGUGCGACGACGGGUGGGACUCCAAGGCUGCUGCUGUCGUGUGUCGCCAGCUGGGCUUUGCCCAAGUCGUGCGCGCAGUGAAGCGCGCUGAGUUUGGCGAGGGCCGUGCGCUGCCCAUCCUGCUGGACGACGUGCGCUGCGCAGGCCCCGAGCGCACUCUGCUGCAGUGCACGCACGCCGGCGUGGGCACACACAACUGCGGGCACGAGGAGGACGCGGGCGUCGUGUGCAGUCAUCAAGACCCAGACUUAUAAAAAAAAAAAAAAGAGAGAUUGAGACUCGUAGGUGAAGCACGCUGUGCGGAGAGCAGCCCUGCUCCAGUCCCUCUGCCCCGUGUGCCUGGCGCUGAGCUGAGGCCGAUGCAGAGCUGGCGUGGGCGGGCCCGAGUGGUGACCUGGUGGCCCGCCGUGCCUGUCCUGUACUGGCGUGCGGUGCGGGCGCGUCCUGGGCGCCCCUCCCUGCGUUCCUGCUGUGGACGUCGCGCCAGCGCCUGGGCUGGGGCAGCGUGGCUGCUUUUUCCCUCCCAGCGUCCCAGAAGCAGCAGGAGCACUGGCCCUGGGAUGCAAGGACAGCAGGUGGCCACACUCCGGGGCAGAUGUGGCCCCUGACAUCAAGAACAGAGACAGAGGUGGCAGCUCGGGGGAGAGGCUAGGCCUGCCGUGCCCAGGACAGAGGAGGAAGGUGCCAGGGAGGUGCCGGCCAGCUGUGCAGUGUGACGCGGAAACACAGUCUCAGCUGCCCUCAGGCGCAGCAGGACGUCCCCUGAAGCAAGAGAGGCCAGGUUGCCCUUGGCAGCGACUGCCUACCAGAAGGCCAGUGUGCCUAGGAGGGAGCCAGCGCCCAUCCUCGGACAGCUGGCUGGGAGCUGGAGGUCUCCGAGGCCACCUGCCAGCCUCGCUUUGCUAUCAUGCGAACCCAUGUGGCAGCCCUGGGACAGGUGCCGGUUGCCUGCCGUCCUGGGACAGAAGCCCCUUCUGCCAGCAGCUUGCCAGGCUUGAGGCCAUGUUGACACCACUGGGGCCACCACUGUCACCUCCAUUAGCGCCUUGUUCUGGCACCUCAGGGAUUCUCUGAUUCCUGCAGCCGCACGUACGGGCCACCACACUUUGGGACCGGUGGAACUGUGACACUGUCCCCAAGACUGUGCCAACAACGUGACUGUCUGCCAGUCCCUCCAGUGUCUUAUCUGCCCCCACCUGCCAGUCUGGGAGCUGGGAUGCAAGGUGACCUGGCCUGCAGCUCAGUUUUGUUUCCUGGCAAAAGUUUCCAUACUCAUGAGGUCCUUAGCCAGGCCUUGGGGGACUUAAGGACAGUGGAGGCUGGGUAGGAUGAGCAGACGGGUCCAUGUCACAGGUGGUGACGGUCACCUGCUUUACCUCCAUGGAGUUCUGGGUUGAGCUGGCCACAGAGCAGUGAGCCUGUUGCAGGCCUGGUGUGGGAAAGUGCCGGCAUCAUCCUCGACUAAAAUUUGAGGCCAGGGA